AUGGCGUGCAGCCUCAAGGAUGAGCUGCUGUGCUCCAUCUGCCUGAGCAUCUACCAGGACCCGGUGAGCCUGGGCUGCGAGCACUACUUCUGCCGCCGUUGCAUCACCGAGCACUGGGUGCGGCAGGAGGCGCAGGGCGCCCGCGACUGCCCGGAGUGUCGGCGCACGUUCGCCGAGCCCGCGCUCGCGCCCAGCCUCAAGCUGGCCAACAUCGUGGAACGCUACAGCGCCUUCCCGCUGGACGCCAUCCUCAACGCGCGCCGCGCCGUGCGACCCUGCCAGGCACACGACAAGGUCAAACUCUUCUGCCUCACGGACCGCGCGCUGCUGUGUUUCUUCUGCGACGAGCCAGCGCUGCACGAGCAGCACCAGGUCACCGGCAUUGAUGAUGCCUUCGAGGAGCUGCAGAGAGAGUUGAAGGAGCAGCUUCAGGCCCUUCAGGACAGCGAGCGGGAGCACACGGAAGCGCUGCAGCUGCUCAAGCGCCAGGUGGCGGAGACCAAGUCUUCCACCAAGAGCCUGCGGACCACCAUCGGUGAGGCCUUCGAGAGGUUGCACCGGCUGCUGCGUGAGCGGCAGAAGGCCAUGCUGGAGGAGCUGGAGGCAGAUACGGCCCGCACGCUGACUGACAUUGAGCAGAAAGUCCAGCGCUACAGCCAGCAGCUGCGCAAAGUGCAGGAGGGGGCGCAGAUCCUGCAAGAGCGGCUGGCUGAAACUGACCGGCACACCUUCUUAGCUGGGGUGGCGUCACUGUCCGAGCGGCUCAAAGGGAAGAUCCAUGAGACCAACCUGACAUACGAAGACUUUCCGACCUCCAAGUACACAGGUCCCCUGCAGUACACCAUCUGGAAGUCCCUGUUUCAAGACAUCCACCCAGUGCCAGCCGCCCUGACCCUGGACCCAGGCACAGCCCACCAGCGCCUGAUCCUGUCUGAUGACUGUACCAUCGUGGCAUACGGCAACUUGCACCCACAGCCGCUGCAGGACUCACCAAAGCGCUUCGACGUUGAAGUGUCAGUGCUGGGCUCUGAGGCCUUUAGCAGUGGCGUCCACUACUGGGAGGUGGUGGUGGCUGAGAAGACCCAGUGGGUGAUUGGGCUGGCCCAUGAGGCUGCAAGCCGCAAGGGCAGCAUACAGAUCCAGCCCAGCCGCGGCUUCUAUUGCAUCGUCAUGCAUGAUGGCAAUCAGUACAGCGCCUGCACGGAGCCCUGGACACGGCUCAACGUCCGCGACAAGCUCGACAAGGUGGGCGUCUUCCUGGACUACGACCAAGGCCUGCUCAUCUUCUACAAUGCCGAUGACAUGUCUUGGCUCUACACCUUCCGCGAGAAGUUCCCGGGCAAGCUCUGCUCCUACUUCAGCCCUGGCCAGAGUCACGCCAAUGGCAAAAAUGUGCAGCCGCUGCGCAUCAAUACCAUCCGCAUCUAG